AUGAAGACGACGCGAUCACCUUUAAUCCUGUUUACAAUAUCAUUAUUAUCUCUGUUACUAUUCUCCGUAAUCUGGCCAACAGAAUCAACACCUGACAAAAUAAAUACAGUGUUAGAGCUAGAUGAAUCAAAUUUCGAUUCAACUAUCGCUUCCUAUGAUUAUGUCUUCGUCGAUUUUUACGCCCCUUGGUGCGGCCACUGCAAGCGCCUCGCUCCCGAGUUAGAUGUGGCUGCUCCGAUUCUUGCCGAAUUGAAGAAACCUAUAGUCAUAGCGAAAGUGAAUGCUGACAAGUAUACCCGACUUGCUAGGAAACACGAAGUUGAUGGAUAUCCGACCCUCAAGAUCUAUAUGCAUGGUGUUCCGACAGAGUAUUAUGGACCAAGAAAAGCAGAAUUGCUCGUUCGCUUUCUGAGGAAAUUUGUUGCUUCUGAUGUUGCUGUUCUUAAUUCAGACUCGGCUAUAAGAGAGUUUGUCGAAGAAGCUGGGACUCAUUUUCCUAUAUUUAUAGGUUUUGGUUUAAAUGAGACUGUGAUAUCAAAUCUAGGCAUAAAGUAUAAGAAGAAAGCUUGGUUUUCUGUAGCAAGUGAUUUCUCAGAUGAUAUGAUGGUACAAUAUGAUUUUGACAAGAUUCCAACUUUGGUAUCUAUUCAUCCAAGUUACAACGAUCAUAGCAUCUUUUAUGGUCCCUUUGAAGAGGAAUUUUUGGAGGAAUUCGUAAAACAAAAUUUUCUUCCUUUGGCUGUGCCCAUAAAUUAUGAGACACUGAAGGUACUGAAAGAUGAUCAGAGGAAAAUUGUCCUGACCAUCUUGGAGGAUGAGAAUGAAGAGAAAUCACGAAAGUUGAUCAAGACAUUGAAGGCUGCAGCAUCAGCAAAUCGCAAAUUGGUUUUUGGUUAUGUUGGGGUUAAACAAUGGGCAGAAUUUACUGACACAUUUGGUGUCAGUAAGGAGACAAAACUACCAAAAAUGAUUGUUUGGGAUGGAGGCGAGGACUAUUUUUCAGUUAUUGGUUCAGAAAGCAUUGAAGAGGAGGACCAGGGGUCUCAAAUCUCACAAUUCCUUGCAGGAUAUAGAGAAGGAAAAACGGAGCGGAAUAGAGUUAGUGGUCCAUCGCUGUUGGGCUAUAUCAAUUCACUGAUUGGAGUUAGAACUGCUUACAUAAUUGUGUUUUUGGUUGCAAUGCUGUUUCUGAUCCGACAUAUUAGCAAAGAGGAACCUCUAAGGGUUGGUACCCGAGACGAAGUUGAACGUGCGACAAGCUCUGAAGCUGAAAGCUCAGAGUAUAGACCUGGAAGUAAGCAAGACUAG